UUUUAGAACAAAAUAUUUCCUGUUCCAUUGUGUGAAUUUCCACUUUCAUUUUGAUUAAUCAAAGGUCUUAUUCUUUUGGGUAUGGUAUUUGACAUUGGAAUCCGUGUAGUGAGGGGACAGAACUGGUCGUGGGGUGACCAGGAUGGAGGUGAAGGUCACUUAGGGACGGUGGCAGAAAUUGGACAUGAGGAGAGUUCCGGCAAGGUGCCCCCAAAGUGUGCUCAGGUCCAGUGGGACAAAGGCUACAGGAAUAUGUACAGAGUGGGGUACGAAGGGCAAUAUGACCUAAGGAUCUACGAUACAUCAGCCCUCGGAAUUAAGCAUGACAGAGUGUGUACUAACCCAGGCUGUGAAGAACCGGAAAUAUUUGGGAUGUUGUGGCAAUGUGACCAAUGUUCUGACGUGGUGCUGUGUAGUAAAUGUUACCAUAGCGACAAACAUGACAUCAUCCACAAGUUCACGCGGUUUGACUAUCCCGGUCACGAGGGAUGUUCUGUUCCUAAGAGGCAGUUAAGCAGCAGACAGAAGCUGUUUGGGAUUUUUGAAGAUGCUAAGGUGACUCGAGGAAUUGACUGGAGAUGGGAAAACCAAGAUGGUGGGGAUGGCAAUACAGGUACAGUACUUGCGAUUGUGAACUUCACCCUGGACACGGAUCAUGACGGAGUGGAGGUCGCCUGGGAUUCAGGUCACACUAAUGUCUAUCGCCUUGGUUACAAAGGCUGUGUCGAUGUCAAGGCCGUAGAAGCUUCCAGUGGAGGGUUUUAUUACAAAGAUCACCUUCCUAUCUUCAAAUUGCCAGAUCAGCCUCGACCUGGACCAAACCAAGCUGCUAGAGAGGGGGGUGCCUCAGAGGCCCCUCCUGAGGAGGAGGGGAGGCUGAAGAAAGGGGACAAAGUCAAGAUAGGAGUGGAUCUAGAUACGCUCCAGAUGAUCCUCAAGGAAUCCAAGAACUGGAAUGAAAGAAUCGUGGAGUGUAUUGGAGUCAAUGGGUCAGUAUUGCUCGUUAAUGGACAACAAAUUACUGUGGAUUUUAAUGGGAAGAAAUGGACUCUCCAUGAAAUGGCCUUGGCCAAGAUAGAGCAAUAUGUGAAGGACCAAGUAGUGAAAGUAGAGAAUGAUGCAACAAAUGUACACCAUCUACAGAAUGGCCAUGGUCCAUGGGAGGAGAGCAUGAAAAAGUUCCUAGGGAAGAAGGGUCGAGUUGUGAGUGUGGACUCAGACGGAGAUGUGACAGUUAGCUUUGGGAUCCAGGUAAUUAAGUUCAACCCUGAGUGUCUGACACCAUCUGGAGGGAGUCCCGAUGAAUUUAAAGAGGAGGAAACACCACAGCGAUCAGAGGACACUGAAAAGAAAGUGGAAGAAAGUUCAACCACCACUCAACAAUGCACCCCAGAAAAUACACUACAACACACUCCAGAUCAUACACCUCAGCGCACCCCACAACGUACCCCACAGCGCACCCCACCAAGAUCACGCUCUCCCUCCCCUGAUGAACGGAGAUCACGGAGCUCCUCAGAAGAACAGGAGUAUGAAGAUCCAGAUCCAAACUUGAGAGACAAGUUUAAGGAGGCUCUAAAGAAAGGGAAAAGCAAAGAGGUCUUAGAAAUGAUACAGAGGACUCCAGCACUAGUGCACUGCUCAUUUGAGAAUGGCUACUCUUCGCUGACCUUGGCUUGUGAUCAGGAGAAGUGUGAUCCUUCUGUUGUGGAGGCCAUGUUGAAAUUUGGGGCCAAAAUGGACAAUCAAGCGGCUCCACCUCUGUUGACAGCAGUCAGAAAAGGUAAUAAAGAAGUAGUACAACUUUUGCUGGACAGGGGAGCUAACCCAGACAUCACAAACAAUAAUGGCCAGACUGCAGUCCACAUCGCUGUACAGAAGGAAAACAAGGACAUCCUCAGGAUCCUCCAGAAAAAAUGUGACUUCAAUAUCACUGAUAAACUUGGAGACAGCCCGGUGUCUGAUGCCAUCACUGUUGGGGAUCCUGAAAUCAUAGAUAUUGUUUUCAGUUGGCCAAGAAUCAACCUUGAGUUUAAAAAUAAGCUGGGUUUCUCACCCAUCCAUCUAGCAGCCAGAAAAGGAGAUACGCAUGCUAUGCGUCAGAUCCUACAGAAAUGUCCUAAAGCCAUAAACAAACAAAAGGAUGAUGGGUACACAGCUCUCCAUCUCGCUGCCUGCAUGGAUCAUGAUGAUAUCGCCAAAAUCCUACUGCAAAAUCAUGCCAAGACAGCAAAACAGACAGAAGCUGAGGGCCAAACACCACUUCACAUCGCUGCUAUUUACGGCAGCUACAAAACGGCAAGAUGUCUCAUUGAAGAAGGGAAGGCCAAUGUUAAUGCCCCCGAUGAAAACGGAAAUAAUGCUCUCCACCUGUGUCUGAUGGGGAGACCGGCUGUCAUGGAGUUUGCAAAGAUGCAGAAGGCAGACUCUGGACAAACAGACAGCUCCUUGGAGAAAGAGAAGCUAGAGAUAGCGGCUCUACUGAUCCAGCAUAAGGUACAGACGGAGCUGAGGAACAACGAGGGGAAGACGCCGCUGGAGGUAGCCGUGUCUCAGACAUUGAGGGAGAGCGUGGAGAACCUCAUACAGGAAAAAAUGGAUCCAUCAGUACGUCCUAAAAAACCGCCGCAAUGUCAAGUGUGUGAGGAAGAGGACGCCAAGCUAAAGAUACACCCCUGUGGCUGUCGGGUGUGUGAAGACUGCAUCCCAAAGCGACUCAAAAAAUGUCCCAACUGCGGCGAACUGGCUAAGAAAGCAAUGAGUGUACGUGCAAAGAAACCUAGUUUGACAGAAAAGAUGAAGAAAGCUUCCGAAAAUCAAACACCCAUCAGAAAGGCCAAUAAACCACAAACAGAGAGAAAAAGAAGAGAGAGAAUCAACAAAUGUCUGGGACAACUUAAAGCCCUCGUCAUGAAAGCUACAGGCAAAGAUGAGAAAAAGUACCCUCGGUUGGAGAAAGCAGACAUCCUGGAGAUGGCAGUGAACCACCUGUACGCCAUGAACACCAAACAAGGUAGUAGAGAACCAGACGACAGAUACAGAGAGGGGUACAGUCGCUGUAUCAGCGAGGUCCUCCAUUGCCUCCGCUCCGAGCAGAAAAUCGACACCGUCACUAAGACCAACCUCAUCAACCACUUCACCGUCUCCCUCCGCCAUCUCUCCACAACCAAUCACAGCACAGGUUACGUGAACCAGGGGUUCGAACUGAGCAGCCAUAGCGAUAGUUCCUCCACUUCCAGUCAGCAGCUGUAUCCUAGCAACAUUCCAUGUCAUGAGGGUGUCCAGGAAGUACCACCAUUUGUCCAGCCUAAGUACGCCGAGGUCUACCUUCAGGACCAGAACUUGUACAUGGACUUCUACAACGCCCCCCUCGAUGUCCGCCCAGCAGAAGUUUACUCCGCCAUUACCGAUCGUGUGCCUACUGAGUUCCAGCCGCCACGCUCUCCUUUCCACUCAGACAUCGGUGUUCCUCUCCAUACCUCUACCCCUGUAGCGAAGAAGAGACUUAGUGUGAUCCCCAGCUUCCCCGCACUGGAGGACAUCAACAUCAGUGACUGUGUGACCACUUCCUCUUCCUCCGAUAGCGGAAGUUCCGCCGGCCCCUGGCGUCCAUGGUAGCCAGUUAGACAGUGACUAGUGCUUCAAAAUGACAUAGUGCCAAUGAACAAUUCAAACCCUUGGUUUGUG